GAAUUUUUGUGUGCAAGGAUGCUCGAUUACUUGCAGUUUUUAAACCUUUGUUGUAUGACUGUGCAGAACUCACUACACUUGCAUCACAGAGCAAUAAUCAUGGCGAGGUAUCCUGGACCUCUUUCGGAUCGCAACCUUACCGCUGUCUAGUUGCACUAGACAAGCAGAAUUCGCGGAUGAUAAUAAACCGCUGCUAUCACAGAUUUGCCUAUGCGCGAUAUGAUACUCCUCCGGCGAUUAUAUGUAUUUUGGAUCAAAAGCUUGAAUAUAUACAUUAUUCUGGUACUCGAUGGUUAUUCUCGCAGUCUGCGGAUACAUUUCCAUAUACAGCCAAUAGAGACUCGCUCUCUGGCCAGAACCAAUCCGUAUCUUGUAGCUGUGGUUGCAGGUUUCAUUUGGGCUCUCUCUCUAGCGACACAUCUCUCCGUUGCUACCUUGAUCGUGGCUCGUAUCUUGUGGAUGUCCCGAUUGACAGCGUCUCAGAAUAUUAUCCCUGAGUACCACCCAAACACGCUCUCUUUUAAAGCUGCUCAGCAGCAGAAUCGCGGCACACACACUAUAAGCCUCUACGUCACUUUGGUCUGAAUGUUUAAUAUGGCUGAAACUUGCAUAGCACACCAAGAUUAGGAACGAUGUGC